AUGUUCUUCCUAAAAAUUGUCGUUUUCUUGUACUUGAAACUGUCGCUUUACGAGUUUGCUUUUUCACACGAAAGCCGAAAUCACGAGCAUUACUCGUUCAAAGAAUUGCAGGACGCUGUUAACGGCGAUUCCUUGAAGUCAGAUGAUCUACAGAGGCUAUUUGACAAGCUGCAUUUCUUGAACUGCUCUGCAAACAAAUCGAGUCCGGAUUACCGAAGGGUAAGAUGAGUGUUGUUGGCACAAAUAGCCCAAAAGAUGAAAAUUUUACACUAAAACUUGGAAGUCUUAAACUUAACUUGGUAAGGUAGAAGUUUCUAGCGAAAAAUAUGUAUCUCUGAAAACUAAUUACAACGAUUUUUAAUAAGAAAGAGUAAAAUGAAAAAGUAAAACUGAGCUCAAAUUACGAGGAGAUAACUGGGUUAAGAACGAUAGAUCUUCGAAGCUGUGUGUCUUUCGUCUUCGAUCACGCGGUUUUUCAUUACAUGCAUUCACUUUCAUGCUUUGUUCUUUUAGUGUUUCAGCCCUAUAGAAUUGCUCAAUAUUUCUGGAUCCUCACUGUCAAAACCAUUAAAUUCCUCGGAGUUUGUAGAGGUCAGCCCUUCGAUUGUUUACUGCCUUUUGCCAACGCUUGAAAAGAAUUCUGGUCAACAACGUUGCGAUUCUCCCAGGAACCACAGCGAACUUUUCGAUUCGUUUACGAGGAAGUUUGGUCAUGGGGAACACGGGAUCACUCAGGAAGCUCUCGAUGGAAUUCUCGACGCGAUAAACAAGACGAUCGGGGACUUUUUAACUGAAAAGAAGGUGGGUAAAAUUUAGGGAUAAAAAGCGGUAUAAGUGGUUUUAAAAAAGGGUAGUUUCGGCACGAUCUUUGCUCCCUCUUGAAAACUUUGUUUCAAGAAGCUUAUAAAAAGCUAAAGCUUAUAUUACCCAGCGAGCAAAGGAUUCUUUCUGGCAUGGCUGUUAACAUUUACGCAGCCGCGACUGACAAGCUACGCGAAAGUCUUAGUAAAUAUUAAAAGCCCUGUCAGAAAUUAGAAACCUCUGAUCGCGGGGUAUCAAUUAUACGCUCAUUAUAAAGCUAAAUGUUAGCGGAAAGUUUAUUCAUACAAAAUGUAGCUGAUGUACUGUGCAGCCUUAAAACGUUUUUUGCAUAGCCUUGUACAUUUUCGAUUCGUCGCAUAUUCUGUCCGUCUAUGACGAAGUAAGUUAUGGAAGUAACGGAUUAUUAAGUUUGUCAAGAAAUGUGGAGGCUGAAGAACUUUUGUUGAAAAUCAAGAAUAUCUCUCUUAUGAUUUGUUGUAACAUGUUAGCUUUCAUUGGCAACACUUGUCAGCCGUAAGCUUAUAUUUUACUUGAUAGUUGUAUGUUUACAGCACACCUCCAGUGCUUUGUUAAUAUUAAUUGUUCGGGAGGUAAUUACUAAGUAAAUGCCGGCAACAAGAUCAGCCCACAGCCUCAUCUUGACUUGGUCAGCAGCACUUUAUUAACUGUAUGGCUAGGCUUUACUCUAUCGGUUCACAUUCUUGAGAUCCUGGUGUUCUUCCAACUGAUAUGCAUGGUAUGCGAAUGGUCAGCUGUUUUCACAAUGCUGCAAGGGCAGGGUUUUUCACUGUACUAACGCUGCGUAUCGCUGCAUGCAUAGAAGUUCAAGAAAGAAGUCGUGCAAGAAGAAAAGUGAGUGUUCGGAGAGAGUGAGUUGAGCUUAAUACAUGCCACAAUUGAUUUCAGUUUAAGCUUAUAUAAAUCCUCAAAGUUAAACACUUGUUCUCCAUUUCUCUCAUUGUGUUCCCGAUUGAUGAUGUUGAGUAUUCAAAGCAUGUUAAUCAAUUUGCCUAAGGGUAUGGCAUAGCUUGUUUGCCAGCGUGGUAUUUAUUUACCCAGGAAACUGAAAGUAGAGCCUGAUCUCACCUUAGUGCAGCAGACGUUUUCGGUUAGAUACAAGUGUUACCAAAGUCUAGAAAUCAAAGUUUAUUCAGGUUAAUUUGCUACAGUGCAUGGUUUUUAUAAUUAUUUUUCUACGUUUCCAAGCAUGUUAUGUCGCUUAUCACCUGAGCGAAAGCUUCUAAGCUUUAAACUCAAGUGGUAAUUUAAGCUGUUUCAUAGUAUCGCAUAUUAACGGCCUAUGGCCAUUGGACACAGAUUGAAUAUUUGAUUGAAUUUCAAUAAGAUUUCAUGCAGUCAUGACCUUAAACAUGCACUACUAGUGUCAUGCAUUGCUGUUUCAAUGCACAUGUACAUGUAUCUUUGCCGGUAAAUCUCCACGCUCCUCACCAUUUGCAGGCUAAUUGUAUCCAGGCAAAUGUGAAUAAAAUCUUGAAUUAAAUAUGUGUUUAAUGUGUUGUUCAAUCCAGUCUAGUUUUCGUGAUCAGGUGAUAUCCUUUUGUUGACACUGGACAUAAGGGCGUACACAAUUAUGAAAGCGGCUUUCAUCAAUCACAUCUUCACCCGCAUUUCCUAGCCAACGGCUACUGCUAGUUGAUAUUAAUUUAGUAGAUAGGGUAGUGGUAGUCAGUUUGUUUUUGUGUGGACACUUCACUCAGAGUGCAUUCAAUGUUUUUUUCUAAAUUCAAUCAUACAUGUAUGUGCAACAUAUUUACCUAAAAGAUUAAAUAUAUUGGACCUAUGAUCAAACAGUAACUUUUGAAGUGAGGCUGGACAAAUUUCGUGGCUUGAAAUUUUAUGGCUAAUGUGUGCAUGAAUUUUCCUUUACUUUCUUAGCAGAUCUUUUUUGCUAUUUCAUUGUUCAUAAUUUUUCUUUCACAAAAUUAAUGUGGUGCAGGACUUUUGUUUUGCUAAUUGCCCAAAUUAAAAUUAAUUGCCCAACACUAAUUGUCUCAUUCCAUGAACUAUUAACCACAUUCCUAAAGAACUUAUUAAUAGACCUAAAUGCUGAUCUACAUUUUUAGUCAAACCUCAUGGACAGCAAAGGGACAGAGCCAAGUGUGUCUUCAUUACAGAUUUGUCUAAGUUUAAGAAAACUGAAUAUCUUGUUUCAAAGAUUGUAUGUACAUGUAGGCCUUAAGAUAGCGAGAGUGGAGCUACAAGUUUGUAAAAAAAACGGAAGAAAACUAAAAACUUAGAUAUUAUUUCAACAGGUACUCAUUUUUCUUAACUGCCGGGCCAGGUCUGACAAAUAAAGUUUGGUAAAUAAACACAGGAAGCAUCGACGGCAGGAACUACCCACUUAAAAGCUUAUGUCACUGAUCUUUUACAGUUUUUAAAAGCAUACCACAUUCAACUUCAACCCAUGCCACCAAGGAAUUAGUGAAAUUGUUGAACAUUAGGUAACCUUUAAAAACAUGUAUAACUAAAAUGUUUUGAAAUGAUCAUCUAGUUAAAAUUUGCCUUUGGUACAAUGCGGCUGAACAAAAUGGUCACGCAGUGACAAGCUAAAAGAGAACACACAGUAUUACUGCUGAUUACAGUGUAUGAGGUACCGGUAGACUGCAACAUUUUCCGUGGGAUGCCUGUGGCACUCCCACGGUAAAAAUCCAGUUCGGUUGUACCCAAAAUUGCAAAGCCAGCCAAUAGGAUUGCCUAAAAUCUUUAUCGAUUAUCUCUUCUUCCAAGCCGACCAAUCAGAUUGUACAAAAUCUGUAUCGAUUUUUAAUCGAUUUGCUUGUUAUGAAGAACGUUGAAUUGCCAAAUUUGUCGCGCUUGAGUUUUCCCACUCGUGCUUUAGUAUGGCUUGUUAACCAGCGAAAUCCUUCGGGAUACUGGCAAGUCACGAAAGGCGACCUAAGCAAAAAUUAAUUAUUUCUUUCCUCCAUGAUUCUUUUUUGUUUAGGUCUAGCUUUUUCAUAAGGUUUUAGUUGCGUCUGGUUGCGGGCUGUGACUCCAAUAGAUUUCUCUAUUCGGAGUUCACCAGUUUUUGCCGAGCACAGCUAGAGUUCAGUUUUUUUCUUUUCUUAUCGAAAACACCUUGAUGAUGGGAGGUUAAAUCGCGUAAAUUUUAACUCGUACCCUUGAUGAUUGAGGUGAAAUAUUGUCCUCGUCGAUCAAUGACUCGCUUUCGGCAUGGAUUGAACUUCUGGAUGGGACACGGAUCAGGACCUUAGUAAACUUAUUAUACCUUGGAAACACAUUGCAAUUAAUUUUUAAUUGUAUCAAGAGCAUCUUGGAAUAUUAAACUUUCAUCUUGGAUUAAAACAUUGGAACUUUAUCGAACUUUGUAACCCAGGGUUUGACCCUGGAUAAAGCAAGCGGAUGUUUUGUUUUGUUUUCUUCCAUUAACCUAAAACUACAAUGUUUAUUUCUCUUUGAAAAAGUUACGUGUGGCUACCAUGGUUGUUACUAAGAUUUCAAGUUGCUGGGUAAAUACAACAAGUAGGCAAGGAAUCAAAUGGCUAGGGAUUUCUUUUGGUUCUAUGUUUCUUCUAUUUUCCAAUAAAAGUAGCCGGGGAAAAUCCCCGGCCCCCGGCUCUUAAUGACAACCCUGGGCUACUUACUACCAAGAUAUGACGUAUCUUUAUACAUAUAGUUCCUGUUCAGGUUAAUCAGAGAGCAUUAUGUGCAUGUUCUCUAUUACUUGUUUCUGUUAACAUUCCAAUGUAAGUUACACGGGUAAACCUUGUUUUGAUGCAAAAUAACUUCUUUUUCUUAUCCAAAUCGUGCUAUGAAAAUAACCACAUAGCGAUAGAUCAAAACAAGAUCAACUCCAUCCUUGCGACCACUGACAACUAUAAAUUUAGCUUGAGUAGCAGGUGUCAAAAGCGGUAGGGAAUAGGAGGAAGCAAAAAGGGGAUGUGGAUUGGGGAGAAAUGGUAGCCUGUCACACAGGCUACCAAAAAUUCAGUUAUAAGCACAUUAAACCAACCCAUACAGGUAACCUACUCAUCGAUGCUCAUAACAUGACACAUCUUUCCGGUUUCCCUAAUUUUUCCUAAUUCAGAUAGAACGCCAUUAUGCUUUCAUAGACCAAUGCAUCCCACGGAAACGACUUUAGGCGUCUUGUUUGUUCUAAGUUACAAAAAGAUUCUUUCAUAGAUUAAUACAGUUGAUUUGAAUUUGAAAAACGUGAUCUUCAAAAUAAUUUCUGUUCCGAUGUGUCAGUUCUUAGUGAAAUUUAUUGGAAUGUGAAGAGACUGUAAUAUUGAUUAGCAUCUUACGAUUUCUUUUAGAUUUUUCAUUAAAAGAAUUUUGAAAAAAAUACAGGCAGCUUGCAUGUAAAAGUAAUGGAGGAAAAUUUCCUACUAUAAAUACACACAUCUUGCAGAGAAAAGCUGAUUAGUUCUAGUAGCAAAUAGAGUAGACAAGUGUGACUACUUAAAGUGGGGCACUUAGAAAAAGAUUUUCCAAUCACUAUGAUUUCUGAAAACAAAAGAGUCCCAAGUUCUUUUGCAAAUGGACCGAUAACAUUCAUCAAUUUGAGGGCUGUUACCUGAGAGGUCAGGUAAGUUCAAAUGGUUUUAAAGUUGUCAACGGUUGCAUAGUUGAACCUUGAAUUUUAUUGUCCGUUUGUAAAACAACUUGAGAAUCUUUUGUUUGCAAAAAACAAUGUGGUGGGAUAGUCUUCUUCCAAGUGCCCCAGUUCCAGUAGUCACACUGUCAAGUUUUCAGAGGUUGCAUAGUUGAAUUUUGACUUCUAUUGGCCUGUUUGCAAAAUAACUUGAGAAUCCUUUGUUUUCAGAUAUUGUUGUGAUUGGACAAUCUUCUUUUAAGUGCACUGGUUUGAGUAGUCACACUGUAACUGUUUCAUUGUAGAAACCACAGAACAAACAGGGCAUUCUCUGCACCCUAUAAUUUUUUAAAAAUACUAUUUUAACAUUGCUGUCAGUAGCAAUGGGGUUAGGUAUUAGUGCCCACCGAAUCACAAGUCUGAAUCUUGACAAUCAGUAAACAGGGGUUUCAAUAAAAAUUGAAGUAGCCAGCAGGUUUGAAUAGAGUGGCUGACUGUGUCAACAAGGAGCCAGCUAGUGUAGUCCACGUUUUCAAGGGGUCUCUGGGGGCGACUUUUCCAUUGAAGAAGAUUUGAGUUUAAGUCAAAUUUUGCUUUAUGCACUAAACAAUUAACUCCUACAAGCAAAUUAUAAACAAAUGAUAAUUUCUAAGUUACGUACAUUUUUGCGUAAACAAAGUCUAGUUUUGUCCAUGACAUUAUUUGAACUAGUUGCUUCUUCUUUGGGGAGAAAAAGUAGCCAACUUCUCUGAGCAAUGUACAUGUAGCUGAUGCUUUUCACUGGUUGUCAGUGCUUAUUGAAACUCCCUGAGCAAACUACUGAAUUACCAAGUCUAAAUACUAUCAAAGAUCUAAAAUUCUUCUUUACAUUACCAGUGUUUUUCAGCAGAAGACAUUUUUAAAGAGAUAGAAGAGGGAGAGGAGGAAGGCCAUCAUCAUGAGGAAGGUGAACACAGCCAUGAAGAAGAAAAGGUUCUUAAUCAACAUGAUUUUGAGAAGGCCUGUGCCAGCAUUAUCCUGCACUUAGUUAAAGGAUACUGUAUCAAGGAAGGUCAUGGACGCAACGAGACCAAACCUAAUCUACCAUCAAAAGAAUUUUUCAUCGAAGAACUUUUCAAUCACAAAAAGUACCUUUCCGAAGAGGACUUAGAAAGCAUUGCUCAAAGUCUUGGUAUUGGAAAGAAAUCUUCUGAGUCGACAGCCUUGUCUUCAAGUGAGAGCCAUGAUGGCCAUAACCACAGACGCCGAAGGUCUGCUGCAUCUGCUGUGUCAUCACAGGAGGAAUCAGCUGCAUCUCACAACCUUCAUCGCCGCGCAGUUGAUUCUCAUACUCACAGUAGUGGUGGAAGUGGCAAUGUAGGUGCUACUCAAACAUCAUGCCUCCUCCUUACCCCUUUACUAGCCUAUUUACAUUUAGGGUGCUUUCCAUUGGUAUGAUCCGGACCAGGAUCAGCGAUCUGAGAUCAGUCAGAUCAUUGCCCAUCAAAGGAACCCACAAAUCCACCCUGGAAAAGGAUUCAUUGGUUCUUUUGAUCUUGAUCCAGAUCAUUCCAAAACAAUCUUAUUAUACUUUAUGAAUCCUUUUAAACUUUUAAGGUACCUUUAUAAAUUGAGUUUAAUAAAGCUUGAUUAUCGUCCUUGAGACAAAGUCCCCCUCCCCCUCAUUGUUUUUGAGUCACUCAAAUCUUUCAGCUGGGUUCCAUGUGUUGUACAGUAAAGGAGCUUCCAUCUUUUCUGAGGUAAUUUGUAUACUUGGCUGAGUAACCUUACUAUAUUCUCAUUAACCUUAAAAACCAGCAAGAAUAACCAGUUCUUUGGAAAGAAGUUCAAAUUAGUACACUGUAAUUUUAUGACCUUAGAUAACUUCUUGCAUUGUGUCUAUUGUACUGUAUCUAUAUAUAGCAGCCUUUUCAACUUAAACUGUACGUUAGGUUUACGCAAUAUAAUAUGCAUUCCUGAGCAAUGAUCAGUUACUUUUUUACAAAGAAUAUUCAUGUUUUUUAGUGUUACUCAGUUGAUCAGAUGCUGACAGUUUUUGACAUUGAUCACUCCAUUGGAGCAGAUGAUUAUGACUUCAAACAGCUUUGCCCUGCUUUUAUUCAACAAGCCAAGAGCGGAGCUUGCAAGCAACAGUCAAACCAAACAAAAACACAUCCAGAAAAGCAUAUGGGAAAAAGUAAGUGUGCAUGUUAGAGGUCAAAAUUUCAUUCAGGAAUCAACCUAGGUUAAAAAAUAUAAACCUAGCCCUAAUUAUUCAUGAAUUAACCUGAAUAUAAUUUUUGUCCUGUUACAUACGCAGAGGAAUAUCACCUUUCAGUGUACUGUAAUACAUGUAUUGAAGGGCAUUUAAAAGUGGUUGCUGUUAAAUGCGAGUGUUGUUUUUGCCUGAAAAUCCAAAUUGAUAAUUUAUUAUUAUUUUCUGGGAAUAAGUGCUUUUAUGACUCCUACAUAUACUUGAAUUAUUAUUAUUAAUUAUUAUCAUAAAAUAAUGCGAUAUUGCAAGUUGGAUAUUGCAUGUCAGGUUGUGGAAAUUGCAGUCUUCUACAUGUAAGUGAAAGAAACUGUAUUAACAUUGACCAACUUUGGUGUUCUGACUUGUCUUCUAUUGAGAUUUUGUUCUUUGUUUAAUAGUACUUAUCCAACAAAAAUCAAUAGAGAAAUAAUAGUUGUAGUCUGUGGACAAAAUUCUUUCUGGUAUGGCCUUUCAACUGAUACCUCAUUGCAGUGAAACCUCGAUUUAACUAAGUGCCAAGAGACUGGGAAAAUUUGUUCGUUACAGGUGUAUAUCAAGGGUUCGUUAUAUCGACCACCUCAAUUUAACAAAUUUUUGAAAAAACAACCAAAAUGUUUGUUAUAUUUGGGUAUAGUUAAUAACUGAGUUACAAAACCCAGGGUUCCUGGAUCUGAACAAUUACUGUAAUAACGUUUGCUCUUUAUCACCUAUUUUUCCGUACUUAGCUGUACAUUUAUUUAUAGUUAAGGCACUAGAACUCAAGAACAGGCAAACAAACUGCUCAAAACUACUGUACACAUAAAAUUUAUCCUUGUUAGUCUGUUUGGCUUUCAUCUUUUAUCACAUGCUGACAUUUUUUCAUUAUGUUGGGGUAUAUUUUACGAUUGCGCUUCUGGAUUGUGUUUGCUGUAAUGAGGAUUUCGUAAAUCGAGGUUCGUUAAAUCGAGGUUCUGUUCCAUGCAUUACAUUUUACUGUAAUUUUGGCCGGGCUGAAGAAAAUUGUUCUUAAUACCAAGGACUUCAUCAUAUAGAGGUUUGUUAAAUUGAAGUUCCACUGCAUCUGUAUUAAUUUUUCUAGGGAACCUUUUUCUUUGUGAUAUUUUGUUUAACCCAUUCGCUCCUGGAGAUUUUGCCGAAAAAGGCGUUUUGAAGCUAGUCAAGUGGUUUUCAGGUCACUGUCGUGCUAUAAAGAGCUAAAACUUACCACAAACCGGUUUACAGGUCGUACACUUGGCGGCCUUCUGAUCCAGAUGCAAAAUAUCAGCUUGCGAAGUUCGGACAUGUGCAGAAAGCCAAAUUUCAAGUUUUGGGGUUUAAAAGUGACACAGCAGUCUUGACUUUUACUUUUUGCUUUCUCUCCUCCGUUCUUUUUUCACUUUUCUUGCCUCAUUUUUUUUUCUCUUGCUGGGCAUUUAGUAGGCUUCAUUUUGGUGGGAAGAGUAUUUAGGAAGGCUUUCAGGAUCUUAGGAUUAGGUGAAAAGAAUGGUAGGUGAGCAAUGGAACAAGAUUUUCACGGAGAUUUUCAGGUCAAUGUCACGUGGUUUUUUGCUUCUUUCUCCGGUGUCCUUGACUAAAUUGUGCUCAUUCUGGUAUGGUUUGAAAGAUCUCUCCACUCUGCACAAGUUAGCAAAGAAAGUUGUCCUUGACCGUUAAAACUGAUGACGUCACAAAGGGUAGAAAGGACCUGGAUCUGCACGGGCGGUUACGGGCGGUUCAGGGGCGAAUGGGUUAAAAUAUAAUAGGAAUGUCUUCAUUAAUUUUGAGGGUUCUGAUAGCAAGCGUUGUACUUGUUUAACUUGUUGAUCUUUUUGGUUUUGUUUCUUAUCUCCAGUCUGGGGUUAUGGCUUUGCCGCUGUGACUAUCAUCAGCCUUACAUCUUUAAUGGGCGUGGCUACUAUUCCAUUUCUGGGAAAGAAAAUGUACAAGAAGAUCUUGGCGAUGUUGGUGGCUCUUGCUGUCGGAACUCUUGCUGGAGACAGCUUACUUCAUCUCUUACCUCAUGUAAGUUGCCCAUAGACCCUGUUUAAAAAGGUCCAGACAAAUUUAUUUUUCUGCAACCUGUUUACACAGAAAUGUGCACAUUCCAUUACAGACUACUUUAAUAAUUGUUCACAGGAGUCAGACUUAUGUAAGCCACACAACUAGACUCCAAGCUUUUAGCACUAAAAGUUUGAAAAAAUUUGCACCUUCAGGUUACAGGAGUCAGCAUAAAAGUGGAACCAUACUAGUCAAAACUUUUUACCUACGUGUCCUUCUAAAUAGAUCAAAACCUUGCACACUUUGCAAUUCAAGAACUUGCGUGGUUUCAUAUGUCCCAUGUAAACGAAAGGUAGAUCUAUACAAGUUUUUGGUCCUACAAAAAGUGUAAACUUAAGCUAUAGACCACACUUUCUAUGGGUUUACUGGCGUGAUAACCCACGGGGGAUGUUGGGAGAACACAAGAAAAGCUUGUAAAUCACGAGCCAAAGGAGAUUGAUUUUCAAGCUUUUCGAGCGUUCUCCCAACAUCCUAAGUGGGUUAUCACGCCAGUAAACCCAUAGAAAGUGUGGUCUAUUGCUUUUAAAAAAUAACUGAAAUUUUUCUGUGAGUAUACCGCCACAAUAAACCAUAGGUUUUUAACCAAUCAGAACGUAGGUACUAUUUUAGUUAUUUUAUAAAAGGUCUUAUUGUUAUUACCCAGCUGUUCUGAAAACCUCUGAAGGUUUAAGUGCUUCACUUCUAGUUAAAGUUAGCUUUUUGCUAAAAUCCUGAAAGUGGUUUCUUGUAAUUAUAAAAUAAUUAUUAAUUUAAAUAAAUCAUUUUGCUACCAGGCAUUUGGUCUCCACCAACAUGAAGAUACAGCUGAAGGUGACAGCCAUGCCGAUCAUUCAGAAGAGAAGGGAUUCAUUUGGAAAGCCUUGGUGGUACUGCUUUCCAUUUAUGGAUUUUUCUUGUUUGAAACUUUGAUGCAUCUGUGUUUGAAGAGCAAAGUUGGAGAUCAUGGUGGCCACAGCCACAUUGAUGUUGAGGUCAGUAAUAAUACAAUAUUUAUUAUGCUGUUUCAGAACUGAGAACUCCUAAAGUAAAAUGAGCGUAAGUUUUGAGAUAUCUUUUUUAAUCAGUGUAAACAAAAAGAAUAUUUUUUUCCUCAGGUACAUAUACAUGUAAGUGCUGCAAACAAAGAGGUUUCGUUUGAAUGAUCAUGCCAUUGGAUCAAACAGUCUUGAACUCAAAAUCCAAACCAGCAACAACAAUAUAACAAUGUAUAUGAUACUUGUGUAAUAAACAGUACCACGGCAAAGUGGCUUUCAUUAAUUUUGAACCAUCACUGACACUUAAGUUAUUUCAUCCUUAGGCUUUAAAGUUAACAAUUAAUUUUUAAAAAUACUGAAUAUGCUCUUGCAAACAGCAAACAAGUCCAACACUGGGAUUAUUACAUGUUUCUGGGAAACUGCCCACCUACCCCUCCCCUAAGCCAACAUUUUGCCCAAAGUGAGAAGUAAGUGUUCAUGUUGGCUUAGGGGAGGGGUAGGUGGGCAGUUUCGCAGAGACGUAUAAUGAUCCCAACAUUAAUUUGUUUCUGUUAUAAAUCAUUAGCCAUUCUUUGGAAACCAAGAUUACAGGCCAUGCGUUCUAAUCUAAUUAUAUACAAUGUGCACGUACAGUCUUACUGUGCCAUUUCCCAACUUCUGAAACAAGAAGGAAACUUGGUGAGCUUAGCUUUCAUAAAGACUUCUGGGAUAUCGUUACUGGGGACACACUAUUGAGCUAUUGGCCAAGUUGUUUCCCUGUCCCCAGUAACAGUUCCAGAAGUCUUUGCAGUAGUUAACUGGGCCUGGUUUGCCUCUCAUUUCUAAACUGGAAAAUGGCCAUUUACUGCUCACAGAUAACUUGCUGGCCUGAUUGUUUGAUUAUUUUCAAAUAUCACACGACUAUAUAUGCAAAAGGAAUUUAGAGAGUGAUGCUUUCCUUUUGGCUUAAUGUAAGCUCCAUUUUUUGUACAGCUUCCUGGACCUUCAAGUCGGCACAUGAGCUUUAAAAAGCAAAGGAGAUGUUCCAGGCUGGAGCAUCAUGAAGGAGAUCAUCCGCUUGGUAAAAGUGAUGAAAAGCCUCCCAUGGAAAAUGGUGACAUUGUUUUAACAAACAUGGUGAGUGUGACGAUAUUGCAUUGUUUUAGCAUCCAACCAGAUUUUAGCAUUUACACGUGCAAACUCAGGUUUACUUUUGUUACAGUUUAAUGUCAUGGCCGCUCAUGAGCUCACUAUGUUCUUAUUUUUAUACAAGUUGAUGUUUAAGAACGUGAGCGAAUUCUUUACAUGGCAUCAGAAGUUGGAUACAAAAAGCGUAGAAGUGUAGAAUACAAAUCAAAUGUUGAUUUAUUUGGAGGAUAUAUCAAUAGUAAAUUUAACAAUAUAUUGAUCCACCAACCAUGAUCAAGGUUCAUGAUACACCAAUCACUAACAACCACGAUGAACAAAAUGACAGUCCCACUCAGUAAAUCAAUACUGUUGAUUAAUGAAACCCUGUACUUGAUCAAAAUUUCUCAAACUCAUUAAUAAUUCAUAAAGAAAAUUCAAAGGAAAUUAAUGUUUAAUGAGUGUUUGGAUAUCAGAUGAAAAACUGCUCAUUUUUGCAUCCUUAAUUUCUCCUUCAAAAAUGAUUUUGUUUGACAAACAUUACUGUCUGAUGAAACACCUCGAAGUUCAUCAAAAAUACUCCGCUGCGCGUCGUAUUUUCAACUCUCUUCUCGGUGUUUCAUCUGGUGAUGAAACACUGCAUCUCAUGUUUGAUAUAUUACGUCACGAUCAAUGUCUAAGUGACUAUUGUGAGACAAACAAUAAGUAAAAACCCUUUAUAAUAAAAGUAAUCAUAAAGGAUGUACCUCUGUACUUCAGAAAUAACACUUUUAUAAGGUGUUGUAUAUUAUCUUUUUUACAUGUAUAUGUGGUGUCAUACUCCAGUGCUUCUGCAGGUGAAAAUUAAGGAUCAUUAAAAAAGUCCAAUUGCCAAUUUGUUGUAAACUUUGGUUCCAGUACCACAGGGGAGUCAGAAAAAUAUUAAUCUUCCAGUUGAACGGAUUAAUAAUACUGUUAUGAUUUUUUUUGGUCAAUAAUCUGGUCCAUAAUCUUGAAAUUUAUGAUCCUGAAUUAAAUAUAAAAAAGUUUGAUGCAGUGACAUAAAGAGUCUGACAUUCUAAAUUGACUGAAUGUUUUGACUUAAUAAAGUACAUGUUUAAAAGUAAUUUUUAAUUUAAAGUUUCUGUAAUAUCCAGCUUGAUAUUAGAAUAAUUUAUUUACCAUUAAAAAAAAUUUAUAGCUAAAGUUCUGUCCGUGUUUUUUUAAAUGUUACAGUUAUAUGCAAUGAUAUCAAUCAAUGACAUAAAAUUGGUAAUUUAAGUUAAUGUUUAUAACCUUGGUCUUCUGUCACAAAAGGAUGGUUCCGUAAAGAAUUUUAGUAGCAGCAGCACUACAAGUCCUUCUUGUACAUUACAUUCCCACUGUGUUUAUGAACAUGUAUCUGGUACAGAUACUGAUGAUGGUGAAUAUGAGGUAAUUAAUGUUAAGAACAAUAAUACUGAUAUUAAUUUAAAUGUCAUUAUUAAAAAGGUGGCAUAAACGUGUAACUGGCAUUUAAGCAUCAAUAAACUGAAAUAAUCAAAGAUCAACAGAAGUAACUUAUAAACAUCAAUUUUCUUCAACUCAUUCAUGUUUUAUUGGCCAGUUGCUUAUCAGUUCUGAACAAUUAAUUCUCCCAUGUCUGUGUGAAAGAUUACAAUGUAGUCUAUCUGUGAUAUUCAAAUGAAUAAUUUCAGUGAACCAUUAAUUUCCUUUAGUUUCUGCAAUACUAGAUGUAACACUAAAUGGUAGCAAACGAGCAAAUUGUCAACAAAGAAUGAUUAACAAGUGUAUCUGUGCAGGAAACAGACGUUAAUGACUUUGAAACAUGUGUAUCAUGUGAAUUUAUGUAACGAUGAGCCACUCGAACAGCAGAUUCUCAUAAUUUUUUUUUGUUUAAGUAACUUCUUCAUUCCAUAAUUUGCAACCCACUACUAAUACACCAGACAGACCUGGAGCACCAAGGAACAUGUUGCGUCUGUGUUACAAUAACCAGCCUCAUAUCUCUAGCUCCAUAAAUGAAAGAGCUCAAAGGCUUUUGAACCAGGCAACAUUAUUCACAGCUGCAAAUCACAAAAAAGUGACCAGAACUGAAAGAGUCCUUUUUUUAUUUUCUUUGUUUUUAUUGAAAAUUUCUAAAAUCUGAACUGAGAGUUUGUAAUAUUCUAAGAAAGCAAAUUUCUUAACCUUGAACAGGAUAUCAAAGAUGGUUUUGAAGAACCCAAAGACAGAGUUCCCCAAGGUCAUCAAAAUACAACAAAUAAUCGCAAGAAAAGCCUUCAACGCAGCUUAUCACGCCGCUCCGUUUUCAGGGAUGAAUUAGAAAAAGAAAAGCCAUCAUUCAAAACUAUUUCCACUGUGGCAUGGAUGAUAAUCAUUGGAGAUACUCUCCAUAACAUCAGUGAUGGAUUGGCCAUCGGUGCUGCUUUCGCAGAAGGUGGAAGCUCGGGUGUGUCUGGUGGAAUCAGUACUUCUAUUGCUGUGUUUUGUCACGAGCUGCCUCAUGAACUUGGUAAAUAAUUAUCUUGAUGAUUUUUAAAUUUACAUUGUAAGUAUCCCUCUAUUAGUUGCAGAUGUUACAUGAUGCCCCAAAUAAGCUCAGGACCACAAAGGGUUCUUAAAAAACUGGUCUGAUAAUGGCAGCCAGUGUUGCAUCUCUACUGACAUCUGAGAUCACUACAAUGUUACAGAUUAGUAACCAACAAUACAUGUCUGCUAAAUACAUCAUUUAAUGAUGUAUUUAGCAAACAUGUAUUGUUGGUUACUAAUCUGUAACAUUUAUUAUUUACUUAUGUAAUAUAUAUGUUAAAGAUACACGGUGUGCAAAGGGAGUAGUUUGGAUAGCGUGGGGCUAGUGCACUUUUCCAUUGGGCUAGUAAAUUCAGUUGUUAACUUGCCUGAUGGGCAAGAGAAGAUUAUUGUGAAAUUCAAUUUGUUACAGAAGAACUGUAAUCAAUCGUGCCUGUCAAAAUUUAUUUUCAGGCGAGCUGAGAUGACUUUUGGGUUAUUGCAUGCUAGCUAUAAGUAAACUGACUUUCUUUGCACCCUAAUACAUCACCUGAGUGUUGCAUAGGAUUAAUAUAAUUAUAGAUUUAGCCAGAGCUUAAAGCGAAGCUCCUGUUUAUGCAUUUUAAAUUUACUUCAGACAAUAGAAUUUUAGACCAUUGCAAAGAAAUCCACAAAUCUAUGCUUAGCUUUAGGGGAGAACCAUGUGACUGAAAAACAUAAACUUUAGUCUACUAUCAAUUAAAAGCUAACAAUUUGUCAGUGGAAAACUUCAAAAAGGCACGUGGCCUCAAUGAGUUGGCACCUGAGCCCGUGAUGCGGUCAUGUGACUCUGGUCAGCGGAUACCUUGUUUUGACAGCGGUCAAUUGACCAUAAUAUGGAUGACAGUCUAUUAUCAAGUUACAUACCGGUUAGAGGCAUUUCACAUUGGUUUUCCUGUGGCGCGGACGGACGGACGGACGGUCACGUGAUGACCAGAAUUUCUUAGCUGGAUAGAUUACCAAAUUUUCUUAGGUUUGGGGCUCUGCUCACGGGCGCGUGGAGCUCCGCAGAAAAGACCACUGGUUUUUGUAUUAAUCAUGACGUUAAAUAAAUUGAUAUUUGUGCUGUACCAGUAUUUUAAAUUUUAACAGCCUGAAAUUAGUGUUAUUAUCACAGAAUGGUUUUAAUAAAACUUAAGUCAAUUUUCUUUUCUUUCUCCUUGUGUCGCAGGGGACUUUGCAGUUUUGCUGACAGCUGGCAUGACAGUCAAGAUGGCUUUAUUAGCCAACUUGCUUUCUGCCUUGUCUUGUUAUAUCGGCUUAGCAAUUGGUAUUUACGUUGGUCAAGAAGCUGAUGUGCGUUUCUGGAUAUUUGCUGUUGCUGCUGGAAUGUUCCUUUAUGUCGCAUUGGUAGACAUGGUAAGAGUUUUAUCAGUAUUGAUAGUGAGAUCACUUUAAGUUAUGGAAAAGUUCUUCUUGCUGUCCAUUUCCCAAUGGACAAUUUAGGAUGAAACAACGUUGUGGGUAGACUGCAGAACAGUCCGUAUUUUUGCGUAUUCAAGUACGUGCGAUUAGUCGAGAGAGGCUGAAAACGGAGAGCGAGACUGUGGACAGACGCUAAAAAUACGUUUUUCUUUUCUCUCGCAUCACACGCCUCACAAAUGAGGCUCUUGACCCACGCUCAACCAAUUUUGAGAAAAUGAGAAAAAAAACACUGUCUUGCAGUCUACGUUAUGGGGUUCCUCAGGUAUUAAACAAUUUUGUUGUUGGAAGAGGUUUCAGUGAUAUCCGUAACGUAGUUGUCGUGGAAGUCACCCAAAAGAUCUUUUCGUGACAUACCCUGUAGCUGUUCUUGGGCCAGUAAGUAGUUUUCCAUUGAAAUCCCUUCGUUUCGAUGACGCAACUUGGCAGUGGUUCGCAGGGGCAGUUCUCGCUCAUCACGUUGCCAUGGAUACCUCCUUGAUGUAGCCCCGAAUUGUAAGGGGAAUGAGUACAAGCUUUCGCGCAAUGAUUUCUAAGAUCCUUUGGGUGGCAAAGCAUUGCAUAUGAUUGGUUAAUGGUUGCUUUGAACACCAUCGAGCAACCAUAACUAACACUACCCAAAGUUUGUACCCAUUCUCCCUAAGUUUUCUUAAGUGGGUUAUGGCACUCAGCAACUUUUGAAGCCCUUUUUCACAGCUCAUCUUCGGCGAUGACAUUAAUUGAUAAUUUUUAUGUUUUUUUUGUUGAUCACAGCUUCCUGACCUGAUGCACAGCGAAACUCUUCAAGCAGAACCUGUCGCUACGUUCUUGUUACAGAACUUCGGUUUGGUCCUUGGAUUCGGGAUUAUGUUGAUAAUUGCGCUCUAUGAAGAGGACUUAAUGGCAAUUAAUUUCUAGCACAACUUACAUAAUAUGUAGUGUAGUGUUAGUGAGUGGAGGCACGUUCAGACGAAAAGGGAAGGGAACUAGCAGCAAGAUCGCGAAAUAAUUGGGGAAGAUAAGUUGGUUUAAUUUUAGUGUUUUAGAAGUAGCCUGUUGGAUACCCUGGUACCAGAGGUUUUUCUUGAAAGUUUUCUCCACGUGAAAGAGAACGAGCUGCGCGAAGCGAUAAAGACUAAUCGCGAGUACCAAGUUAAAAUUUUCCUCUAAAGCUACUUGCAAACGGACUCAACAACUCCCAGUAUUGUUGGCGGCGAGACGUUUGACUCGUUUUUACUUUUAAACUUUGGGCAACAACUCCCAACAGCACGUAUAAUAUUUUGGAAAAAUAAAUUCUUUCUCUGGCAUAGAGACAGACAAAAUUAACCUAAAGAUAUCCUCAUCGUCCCAUCGUUAGUCCAAAUUAUACGAACCAAUCAAAUUGAUUUUGGUGUUUGUAAAAUUAUCAACCGAUCAGCGUCCGAUGGUCGGCACACUCUGACCCUGUAGUUUCCAUGAAAGUGAGAUUCAAGUGCAAGGUAACCAGAGGUUUUUCUCUUGCUUGUCGCUUUACAACUUGUUUUCACCUGUCCGAGCGUCUCGUUCUCUAUCACGCGGAGAAAAAUUUCCAACAAAAACCUCUGGGACCAAGGUACUUGUUGGAAUGAAUUUGUAUAAGAUGAAGACGAUUUCCCCAACAGUGUACCAGCAUAUAGACUGAUAUACAUGUACUACGUAAACAAAUUUUUCUUUAAUAAGAGCUUAGUUUCUCACUUACAUCAGCCGAUUUUCUCCUGUAAAGUGACCAGAAUUUUUUUUUUUUGUCGAUUUUUUGAAAAUAACUUCUUUUAUUUUUAUAUCCUGUAUAAACCAGGGUCAGAUUUUAUUUUUGUCUCAAUCACCAGAUGAUGAUGGCUAUAUUGCGAUUUGUAUGACACUGAAAUUUUUAAUAGUUCAGUUCAGAGAAAAUUUUUGUUCUUAAAAGAAGUUAGUAAACUGGCUAUUAUUUAUACAAGAGAUGUUUCAUUAGAAAGAUAUUAUCAACGUUUUAUUCAAGAAACUUAGUUAUUUUCUAGUUAUAAGUAACUGAUAUCACGGAGUGAUUUCAUUAAUGCCCAUGAUUGAGUGGUCAAAACAAAACGAAAACAGUGAAAUUAGUCGUCAUUGCGGAGCGCUAAUAUGGCGUCGUCAUGGGUUAUGUGAAAUUGCUCGCUUAUACUGCUAAUACAAUUAUUAAUCAUGUUUAAGCGUAAAUAUAAAAUUUUAUGUAGUAUUUAAUCACGUUUUGAACUUGAAUUGUGUUUGAUAAAAACAGUGAUAUUUUCACAGUGAGAA